AUGGAAGAAGAGAGCGGCAGAUGUCCAAACUUCUCCCAGGAGGAAACUGAUGUGUUGGUCCGGGAGGUACAAGCUCGCAGUACCAGAAUAUACGGAACUGCGAGCAGAGCUCCGCGGGCCGAUGAUGCAAAGGCAGCCUGGGAGGAGGUAGCCUCACUAGUAAAUUCAUGUUGCCCGGACACACUGAGAACCGUAGCCCAGUGCAAAAAACGGUUCAAUGAUGUAAGAAGAAGGGCUAAACAUAAGCUCUCCGAGCACAGGAGGCAGGCGGGGGCAACAGGGGGUGGCCCCUCCACCAGCGUGCCCCUAACCUUGGCGGAGGACAUUGCGUCCUCCAUGCUGUCCUCCGUCAGCAUUGUGGGUUUUGGAGGAAUUGAAGUUGGGACAGCUCCACGUGCCACACAGCAGCAGCAGCAGGAGGAGGAGGAACAGGAGGAGGAGGAGGGUGAGCCAGCCGCACCACCCGCGCCAGCCGCACCUGCCGCACAGCCAGGGACACGGCCUGCUGCGCAGCAGCCGCGCACCCAGAUCAGACGGGCCCGGGUCCAAUCCAGGGACCAGCCCUUCCUGGACAUCCAGACGGAGGGGUUUGAGAUGCUGUAGAGGGAGCUGGGCUCUCUAACCUCCCGGGUGCAGGGAUUAGAGGCCCAGCUCCAAGCAGUGGACGACCGCCUCCGGCGUGUGGGUGACCGGCUGCUCCCGCUGGCGUCAAAAGACGUUCACCUGCGUCGGCUGGCGGAUGGUACAGCCUCGGUCCCUACACGGUCCCCCCGAUUAAGGCCACGCAUCCGUGGAGGAAUGCGGAGGAGUGGAGGAAGAGGCAGAGAGGGGGGGCGGUAAAUGUG